CAAAAACACGAACAAGGAUGGUUAAAGGAGUAAUAAUUGACGGUAAAAGGAUCGAUAAGGCUAUUGAAAAGUCCAAAACCUCAGUCCCAGUGAGUAAGAGGAACAUCUCCAAGAAGCAGUCAGACCAGAUCCGUGCCAAGAAGACCAGCGAGAAGGUUAAGAAGAACCAGAAGAAACUCGAUAUGAUGAAGGACCAGAAGAAAAAACAAAGAGAGCAGAGGAGGCAAAGGUUCAUGCCAGAUUCUAAGGAAGGGUCUAAACCUAAGAGAAAGAAUAGUGACGAGGAGGAAGAUGAACAUGCAGUUGAAGUGUUUGAUGCUUCAACAGGACAUCUUAAUAGAGAUGGGUACUAUGAUGCCCCCGAAACACAUGAAGAGAUUACUAAAGAAGAUGAAGCUAUUAUUGAAAGACUCCAGCAAAAGAAACCAGAGCAAGAGGAAAAUAAAAGUAAUGAAAUGACCUUGUAUGAUCUAAUCAUGAGGAAAAUGAACCAAAACCAGGAGAAAGUUAUGGAAAAUUACGAUAUUGAAGAGCUUGAACAAGGAGUGGCUUCAACAAUGAAUAAGAAAGUGGUUCAAGUUUACAGAGGUGUAGGAACUGUCCUCCGUCAUUACAGAAGUGGAAAAGUACCAAAAGCAUUCAAAGUUAUUCCACUAUUGUCUAAUUGGGAAAAUGUAAUGUUUUUGACCAAGCCUCAUAUGUGGUCUGCUCAAGCAAUGUAUGAAGCCACAAAAAUAUUUGCAUCUAAUUUUAAUUCUCAGAUGGCACAGAGAUUUUAUAAUCUAGUUUUAUUACCAGCAGUAAGAGCUAAUAUUGAUGAAUACAAAAAGCUGAAUUAUCAUCUCUAUAUGGCUGUUAAGAAGGCUAUUUUCAAGCCAAACGCUUUCUUUAAGGGAUUCUUGCUCCCAUUAGCACAAGAUUGUAGUUCAAGAGAAGCUGCUAUUAUCGGAAGUAUUCUCAUCAAAGUAUCCCUUCCAGUUCUACAUGCUUCAGCUGCCUUAUUAAAAAUGAGUGAAUAUGACUACUCGAUUGGAACAAGCUACUUUAUCAAGGUUCUCCUUGGUAAAAACUAUGCCAUUCCUACUAGAGUCGUUGACGGUUUGAUAGAAUACUUCUAUUCGUUCUCAGAAGAGGGUCUCGAAGAGUAUGGCCAAGAAGAACUGAAUCAGAUGCCAGUUCUUUGGCAUCAAAGUCUUCUCAUCUUUGUUCAAAAAUAUAAAAGAUACCUUUCUGAAGAACAAAAGAAAAAGUUAAAGGUUGUAAUGAGAGUUAGAUUCAACAAAUCAAUCACUCCUGAGAUUAGAAGAGUUCUUUUCAACCUCAAAACUGCAGAUGAUAUGCAAGAUUAAUCUAUCUAAAAUUUCUCAUGAGUUUAUAAAACACCCAAUGGUUCAUUUCUAAAGUUCAAUA